AUGUCCUUGAAAGAGAAACAAAUGUCACAUGAGCUUCGCAGUUGGUGUGAGACUGAACAAACUGACCCCCACCAUGCCAUUAUUCUUCUUGGGGUGCCAUCUGACACUGAUGUUGCUUUCAUAGAAGACACCGUACAAGCCAUUAAGAUUUUUGGAAGAGUGCGGGCUCACGCUACCAAAGGCGGCUUGACUCCAGACACACUCCAGGUUUUGUGUGAGUGUCAAGAAAAAAUCUGUCCUACCCAGGUUCCAACUGAAGUAUUGCCAUCAUCGGGGAAUACCUGGAACAUCCUUGUAGCAGCAGAUGAUGAACCCAUUGGUGAUGAGUUUCAAGAGAAACUUAAUCGGUUUCUGUCUCAGGAAGGCAAAACCAUGAGUGACCUACAAGGAUUAGUUUAUCCCUUGGUAUCAGGCAUGACUUCUCCUGAAGCCAUCAUUCGGGCAGUAAGGGAACUGCUAGAGAAAACCCCCAAGCCUGUGAGUGAUGGCCAGGCUUAUAGGUGCUUGAGAAUUUUUUCUGGAGUAGUUCCUACAGCUGUCGGUGAAGAAAGUAGUGAGAACUGGCUGGAACAAGCAAGGCUAAUGGUCAUGGAAUGUGAUUUUUCAGUUAAAGAGAAACAAAAGCGAAUAGUUGAAAGCCUUAAGGAGCCAGCUUUAGAAGUUGUAAAGGCAGUGAGGGGCAACAACCCUAAAGCCACUGCAUUAGAGUAUCUUGAGGCUUUGGAGAGUGUUUUUAGUACCUCAGAAUCUGGGGAAGACCUAUAUUUUGCUUUCCGGCUGCUUCGGCAAGAGCCGGGGGAGACCCUUUCUGAUUUCCUGCGUAGACUUGAGCGGUCGCUGACCUUAGUAGUGAAAUGA